AAAAAACUUUUUGUUCCCAGAGGCGGGGCUAGGAAAAUGACAUCUAUAAUUUGGAAAUGUGGUGUUGGAGAUUCGACCAGUCCAAGAUAAACGAUUCUAGCGGUAAGUUUGAAUUUUGGAUACUUUUUUUGGUGAUAAAAUGGCUUGGGGUAUCUGUUAAACUUGUACGAAGUACAUACAUGGUAUCAUGUGUCUAAACGUGAGCUCAAACUGAUGAAGCACUCAUUUGAUUGUUCAGUUUCAUGGCAAAUUAAAAUGCUGGCAGCAAUUUGAUGCAAAUGAGAAGAAAGGUCAAUAGCAACAGAAGGUUGCCGUGAUCAUCGAGAUGUCUCUUUAACUUUGCUCAACAACUGUUUUGGGGCGGGGUGGGUGGUGGUCAGGCAAGGACAUUGAGAGGAAUGUCUUCUUCUGUAGGACAACACAAUGAAGAUUAGUAUUAUCCGUCGACAUACACACACACACACAUGCACGCCGUGUUUGACCACAAUCAGUGCUAUAAGACCACCUACUUUUCAUGUGGAUAGAUUUAGGAGGUAAACAUCUGUCUCUCUGGACAUUCAUAUAACGGGAGGGUGAAGGGGGGGGGGCAAAGAAAUGUAUUGUCUUGUGCAGGUGUCAAACUCAGUCACUCGGUGGGCCAAAACUCAAAUCACAUGGAAGGUUGCGGGCCAAAACUCAAAUCACAUGGAAGGUUGCGGGCCAAAACUCAAAUCACAUGGAAGGUUGCGGGCCAAAACUCAAAUCACAUGGAAGGUUGCGGGCCAAAACUCAAAUCACAUGGAAGGUUGCGGGCCAAAACUCAAAUCACAUGGAAGGUUGCGGGCCAAAACUCAAAUCACAUGGAAGGUUGCGGGCCAAAACUCAAAUCACAUGGAAGGUUGCGGGCCAAAGAGGAUAAACAUUCAAUACGCGAAAAAAAUAAUCUUUUUUUUAAAAAAACCUUUAUAUAAAUGAAAACAGAACAAAGUUUUAAUAAUUAAAAAUCAUUGGCAUACCAAUUUUCGUUCUUAUGCCAAUUUGUCAAAGCUCCAUGUAUGGCAAAUUUUCUUGGCUAAAAAACAAAGUAAGUUCGUUUAGUUGGGAGUGACGUUAUGUGUCAAUGAGAUUCUCAUGAUGUACUGCAAGUGUUCAUCAAUGAGACGACUCUUGAGUGAUGUAUUGAUAAUCUUCAUCACAGAAAACAGCUGCUCACAUAGAUAUGUGCUACCCAACAUGCUCAAGGUUCGAGCCGCAUGUAGACGAAGCCGGGGCAUCUCUUCAAGAAUGAUACGAGCGGACUGUGCAGGCCCAACUGUGUCGUACUUUGCCUUUAGUGUCCCAUUACACUUCAGCUUUAUUAGCUCCAUCUGCAAAUUUACAGGUGCAGUUACCACGUCUAUGAAGAAAGGGUUACGAAACAGCUCGAAAUUACAUUUCUGUGCUUCAAAUUCACUAAAGCGCCGUGCGAACUCGGCGUGAUGUAAGCUAAGUUUUUUCAGCAAAGUGUACAUUGGGAAACACCACAGCGUUGACUUGGAUAUAAGUGUACGCGGGUCUCCUCACUGGCCUGAUAUAAUUGUUCGGCGGGCCAGAUGUGGCCCGGGGGCCUUGAGUUUGACACAUGUGAUCUAGUGUGUUGGAGAUAUGGGAUAGAUCAGGGUUUUCAACCAUAAUAUACAGAGGGGCGCAGGUUGCCCAAUCCUGGGAUAGCGAGGCAGGUUGGCCACUUCUGGGAUAUAGAGGCAGGUUGCCCAAUCCUGUUUAUAUAGAGGAGUGUUGCCCUAUCUUGGGAUAUAGAGGCAGGUUGCUCCUGGGUUAUAGAGGCAGGUUGCCUUUUCUUGAGAUAUAGGGGCAGGUUGCCACUCUGGGAUAUAGAGGCAGAAUGUCCACUCCUGUGAUAUAGAGGCAGGUUGCCCACUCCUGGGAUAUAGAAGCAGGUUGCCCACUCCUGGGAUAUAGAGGCAGGUUGCCCACUCCUGGGAUAUAGAGGCAGGUUGCCCACUCCUUGGAUAUAGAGGCAGGUUUCCCACUCCUGGGAUAUAGAGGCAGGUUGCCCACUCCUGUGAUAUAGACUUAAAUUUUUUUGGAAUUAGACAAAAUAUUCGUAUGCAAUAGUUAUACCCCUGGUAUUUGAGAGGCAUUAGAGGAAUAUGGUCAAAGUAAUUGAGAGGUAUGACAGGCAUAUGUUCAAAGUAAUUGAGACGUAUUAGAGGAAUAUAGUCAAAGUAAUUGAGAGGUAUGACAGGCAUUUGGUCAAAGUAAUUGAGACGUAUUAGAGGAAUAUGGUCAAAGUAAUUGAGAGGUAUGACAGGCAUAUGGUCAAAGUAAUUGAGAGAUGUUAGAUACGGAUAGGUUGUCACAGUAAUUGAGAUAUUUCAAAGAUAGAUUGUCCCAAUAAAUGAGAUAUUUUAAAGAAAAAUAGUCACAGUAACUGAGAUAUUUUAAAGAUUGAUUGUCACAGUAAUAAAGAGAUGUUAAAGACAGAUUGCCAAAGUAAUUGAGAGAUUUUAAAGAUUGAUUGUUAUAUGAAUUGAAAGAUUUUCAAUAUAGAUUGUUAGUGUCAAAAUUAGCUAAAGCAGUGUGUGUGACUGUGUGUCUGACUGUGUGUGUGACUGUGUCUGACUGUGUGUGUGUAGCUUUGUGUGGAACUGGGUGUGUUGGAUUAUCUCCAAUCUUGGAAAGAGUAAUCUUUCGUGGCAUAAGCGCCACUCGUAAAGAUAAUGUGCUGAGUAUUUAUAGAAGGCAGUAACUUAAGUCGAAAACGACCUUCUUAGACGUAAACGACCUUCUAAGACGUAAACGACCUUCUAAUACGUAAAUUACAUUCUAAGACGUUAAUGACCUCCUAAGACGUCAAUGACUUUCAAAGACGUAAAUCACCUAAGUUCUAAAUGACCUUCUAAGUUUAAAUGACCUUAUGUGAGACAUAAGUAACGUUCUAAGACGUAAAUUGCCUUCUAAAACGUAAAUGACGUUCAAAGACGUAAAUCACCUAAGACGUACAUGACCUUCUAACACCUAAGGGACCUUCUACGGCGAAAAUGGCCUUCUGAGACGUAAAAAGACGUAAAAGAACUUCUGAGACGUAAAUGACCUGUAAGACGAAAAUGACCUUCUAAGACGUAAAUGAUCUUUCACCAACAACAAGUCUGUUCCAUUGUAAUUAUGUUGGUAAUGUAGUGUGUCAUACAUGGUGAGAUGUCGGUAAUGUAGUGUGUCAUUCAUGGUGAGAUGUCAGUAAUGUAGUGUGUCAUACAUGGUGAGAUGUCAGUAAUGUAGUGUGUCAUACAUGGUGAGAUGUCGGUAAUGUAGUGCGUCAUUCAUGGUGAGAUGUCCGUAAUGUAGUGUGUCAUACAUUAGUGAGAUGUCAGUAAUGUAGUGUGCCAUACAUGGUGAGAUGUCAGUAAUGUAGUGUGUCAUACAUGGUGAGAUGUCGAUAAUUUAAUGUUUCAUACAUGGAGAGAUAUCAGUAUUGUUGUGUGUGAUACAAGUGAUAUGUUGGUCAUGUACUGUGUCAUACAUCUGAAAUGUCAGUAAGAUAAUGUGUUUUUCAUGGUGAGAUAUGGGUAAUUGUGAAGGAUUUGUUAAAUUCUCUUUGAUAGAUAUGUUCUUGAGAUUGUGUAGGGCGGAAGAAACGCAUUUUUAGGCAUGGAAAAUGCCUGGAAUAAUUAUAAUUUGUAUGUAAAACAAAACAGUAUCAAUCAAAUUUUUCUUGAACUAAUCUCUGUGUAUGUGACUGGCUGUGAACAUAUGAACAAACCUCGGUUCUUAACAGAUUAACAAACAGAGACACGAAUAGUUUUUUAACAAAUGAUAAAUCAGAGAUUUAAGAAUAUUAUUAUAUUUUCGAUUCUAGACAGAACAGAGAUUGAACAGAUAACCUGGUUGACUUUAUUUUUACUUCCUUCUUGUUGGGAUAUAAAUAUGAUGUGAUGUCGAAUGGAGCUCUUUGUUUAGCGGUCUACAACCAACGCAACAUGUUCUUAUUCGUGUCCCAUCAAUGGCAUAAUGUCUGCGUCAUUGAAAUAGAUGAGAUCUGGUAUCAUAUGAGCUCAUACCAGACAUGCCUCCUCCCAGAAAAAACCAACUCUACCCACCCCGCACACAUGCAUAGCAUGGUCUCCACCUAUCCAACCAGUGCAACAACUCUUUUUAUUUCAUUUUCAAAAAGUAAACAAUAACGAAAUCUCAAAAGGUUACCGCAUGCAACAUAGAACAAUUCACUUUCGCUUUCGCUUGCAGCUUGCUAUCUCGGCAAGGUAUUUACGUCCCCUUGUCACAAAUAUUAGAGUUCAAAAAUAUUGUCUUUCAAAGAGGGGACUGACAUGACGUCUUCCGUUUUCUUGUCUGGAUCCCUACCACAGCGGCGUCGCUUUGAGUGUAAGGGAAGCAUAGCGAUGUCAAAAGUUGACCAGAAAUGUCACUUAUAAACUACCCUGUAGAAACCAAAGACCAAGUAGAAUUCAUUCUACUCAAUCUAUCAUAAUAAAUUAUUACUUUUACUAUAACCAUAAUUAUAAAAAUGAUAACAAUGAUAAAAUUAAUAAAUAAUGAUGUAACACAUGCUCUGACAUCAUUGUAACUCUUGGUGUGACAUGCUAUUCCUUAGUGCGUUAUGUCAGUAGCAUGGUCACUUGUUUUAUAUUAAUGCUUCAGGAUGCCGGCUGAGACUUCUUCCAUUCUUCCACUUACUUAUCCAGUCACUUAUCCAGUCACUUAUCCAGGCACGCAAAGAAUGAUACUGAAUUCUGGUUAAACUUACAGUACUUUAUUAUAUCACACUUUACACUGAUAAUAUUAAUAAUAAUCCUUGCAUGAAUGUAAUCAUUUCACAUAUAUAUAUAAUAUUCCACCACUCAGAAAGACGCGUCCUCACUCUGCUACAACUCAGCUACAACUCCACUCUCUCAGCUACUCUCAGCUCCUCUCGGUCAACUGCCCCUUUUAUUACCCAGCAAAGCGUGGAAACGACCGCUUUACCAAAAAACAUAAUUUACUCACCAAAAACGUGGAGCUCACAUUUUCUUCUCAAAAAUACAAUUAAUUCACUCUCUCUCUCUCCUCGUGUAAAAUAUGGUCAACACAGUUCACUGUUCACUCAUGCUACCUCUCUGGUUUCUUGUGAAAACAUAGUCUGUUACAAAUGAUAAUCAGAAAAAAGAAGAAAUUUUGUUAAUGGAAUAUGGACAAAAAUUUUGCAAAUUAAAUACUUGGCAAAUGUCAGUAUGUGGGACAUUUCGAAAGGGAUCCGUUUUAGUGGGAGGUUUUGUUGUUGGUAUUUCAAACAUUUGUAACAUUACCAACAUCACCUUUUUGAAAUAUAGUGUUACCUUCGUCAAGUAACAGUGAAAGUGUAGUUAACAAAAACUACCAAUACAGUGAAAGUGUAGUAACAUAACCUUCUGUGCGUACACAAAAACUAACAAAUUCGAAAAUGGAUAAAUGAUUUUUUUUCAAUUAAUCUUCGCUUGGAGACGUUAGUUUGUACACACAUUUGUAACAUUCAAAUUAAAAAUACUUGAUACGCGUAGUCAGGCCGUUCAAAUUUUUUAUAAGCAAAAAAAAUCCAGUCAAGACAUGGAUAUGGAUGUUUUUGUGGAUUUGGAUUAAGAUGUAUUUAUGGAUAUGGUUGUAUUUAUGGAUAUGGGUGUAUUUAUGGAUAUGGGUGUAUUUAUGGAUAUGGGUGUAUUUAUGGAUAUGGGUGUAUUUAUGGAUAUGGAUAUAGUUAAGGAUAUGGAUGUAUUUGGCCUGGAUAUUUCAUGUUUCAAUCUAUUUGACUGAGGAAUACUGCUUAUAAAUGACUGUAGCACAUGUUGAACAGUAAUGCAGCUUACAAACAUUAGAGGGUAGAACAGUCCAUCAAUGUUCAUAAGAUAUGAACUAACUACAAGUGAAAAAUAUGUGUGCUGUGUGAGAUAUGAACUAACUACACGUGAAGUAUAUGAGUGCUAUGUGAGAUAUGAACUAACUAUACGUGAAGUAUAUGUGUGUUGUGUGAGAUAUGAACUAACUACACGUGAAGUAUAUGUGUGCUGUGUGAGAUAUGAACUAAUUACACGUGAAGUAUAUGUGUGCUGUGUGAGAUAUGAACUAACUACACGUGAACUAUAUGUGUGCUAUGUGAGAUAUGAACUAACUACACGUGACGUAUAUGAGUGCUAUGUGAGAUAUGAACUAACUACACGUGACGUAUAUGUGUGCUAUGUGAGAUAUGAACUAACUACACGUGAAGCAUAUGUGUGCUUUGUGAGAUAUGAACUAACUACACGUGAAGUAUAUGAGUGCUAUGUGAGAAAUGAACUAACUACACGUGACGUAUAUGAGUGCUAUGUGAGAUAAGAACUAACUACACGUGAAGCAUAUGUGUGCUAUGUGAGAUAUGAACUAACUACACGUGACGUAUAUGAGUGCUAUGUGAGAUAAGAACUAACUACACGUGAAGCAUAUGUGUGCUUUGUGAGAUAUGAACUAACUACACAUGACGUAUAUGAGUGCUAUGUGAGAUAUGAACUAACUACACGUGACGUAUAUGAGUGCUAUGUGAGAUAUGAACUAUUUACACGUGACGUAUAUGAGUGCUAUGUGAGAUAUGAACUAUUUACACGUGACGUAUAUGAGUGCUAUGUGAGAUAUGAACUAACUACACGUAACGUAUAUGAGUGCUAUGUGAGAUAUGAACUAACUACACGUAACGUAUGUGUGUGUGUAUUGUUCAUCCGUUUCUAAAUCCUCUGAUAUCUAUUUUAAAAGUAAAAAUAACUUGAACCAUUUUGCCCCCUCCUCCUUUAAAAUGUAAUCCAAGACACAUGCUUUGCUCGCCCCUCCCUAGUGACGCCACUUCUUUUAUAAAUUAUCUUAUUAUCAUCGAUAAACGAAACGUCUACAUCAGUGUGGACCGCCUGGUGGGACAACAUAGCCAAUCAAAACACCAUGCAUGAUGUGAGCACGUUUCAAAUGUGGCCUGCAUGACAGAAGAUGUCAAAGAAUGAAAAUCAAAUCCUUGUACACUCACAACUAUUGUAUUCUUGUUGCUUUUAUGUUAUUUUAUUGUUAUUUUUUAUUUUAUUUUUUAAAUUGUUUAAAAUUAUUUUAUUUUUUUUUAUUUCAGAGUUGGAGGAAACAUUUUCUCACGAUGUCUUACGGUUACCAGUCAAAUGAUGGGGUAAGAAAACAAAAUAAACACCUGACUUUGAAGUUUUGACUUUUAAUAUACAUUAUUCAUUGAUCCUAUCAGAUAUUGUGACAGUAAAUGUCCGAUAAAUAAUCUUCAAAAGCCACACGGAUUAUACACGUGCAAACAGCAGGCAAAAGAUGUCUUGUAGAGGAGAGUUUGGACUUUGAACAAAAACUACUUCACUGGCUGAUGAUCGGGACAAAUAUAUCUUGUUAAAGUGGGAACUAUCAAUGAAUAUAGACGACAUUUAUAGCGACAAAUAUAGCGACACAUAUAGCAACAUGUUAUAUUUGCUAAAUUCAAAGCAAUAAUGAUGAAAUUGGGUAAAAUAUUAAAACAACGUGAUCCAUGGAUUAAGACUAAGAUGAAAUCCACACCCUUCAGAGUUUAGACUUAAUGAGCAAAGAGAACACACCUUCUUAGCAGCCCUGUUCUUUCUAAUGCAUUUUGAAUGUAUCAAAAAAAAAUUUUUUUAAUUAACAAUGAAAGUGUAGACGUAUAACAACUUUACAAAUAGCAGAACCCUGUGCUGCAAAUCUCAUACAGUUAGAACCCUGUGCUGCAAAUCUCAUACAGUUAGAACCCUGUGCUGCAAAUCUCAUACAGAGAACCCUGUGCUGCAAAUCUCAUACAGUUAGAACCCUGUGCUGCAAAUCUCAUACAGUAAGAACCCUGUGCUGCAAAUCUCAUAUAGUAAGAACCCUGUGCUGCAAAUCUCAUACAGUAAGAACCCUGUGCUGCAAAUCUCAUACAGUAAGAACCCUGUGUUGCAAAUCUCAUACAGUAAGAACCCUGUGCUGCAAAUCUCAUACAGUAAGAACCCUGUGCUUCAAAUCUCAUACAGUAAGAACCCGUGAGAAAUAAAUCAUAAGAACCCUGUGCUGCAAAUCUCAUACAGUAACAACCCGUGAGAAAUAAAUCAUAAGAACACGUAUGUUACAAAUCUCAAGUCCUUGCCCAAAAAUAAGAACACGUUUUAAAAUUUCUUAAUGUGGCUUUCAGGUCCACAUUCCAUAAAUAAGUAGCCGGCUUUCAGGUCCACAUUCCAUAAAUAAGUAGCCGUUUUUCAGGUCCACAUUCCAUAAGUAAGUAGCCGGCUUUCAGGUCCACAUUCCAUAAGUAAGUAGCCGGCUUUCAGGACCACAUGCCAUAAGUAAGUAGCCGGCUUUCAUGUCCACAUUGCAUAAGUAAGUAGCCGGCUUUCAGGACCACAUGCCAUAAGUAAGUAGCCGGCUUUCAGGUCCACAUUCCAUAAGUAUCUAGCCACAUUGUGUAAGUAUCUCGCCAUCCAACGUUAAUCAACCAACUGGCCCUUGUUUAACCCUCGCACCCCCACCUCCCCCGCCGGCAUUCAAUGGGCCAACAAGGGAGACAACUCGGGUGACCACAGAGUAGUGCUUACCUCAGCAUCCUGGGCCCUGUCAAUGUUAGUUAGGAAUCUUUAUUUGGGGGAGGGAUCCACAAAAGAAGUCACAUCUUCUUUCUUUAAAAAGAGGUAGGGUCAUGAUUUUGAGAAAAUCUUUUAUGGGGAUGUCAAAUUGUGACAAAUGUAUGACUAUGGCAGGGUAGACAAAACCGUCGAAAAUUGGGUGACGUCAUCUUAUCUGUAUUAUAAACGUCAUACUGUGCUUAGGUCAUGUGUUGAUAGGUCUUUGACCUCAUCUUAUCUGUAUUAUAAACGUCAUAUUGUGCUUAAGUCAUGUGUUGAUAGGUCUUUGACCUCAUCUUAUCUGUAUUAUAAACGUCAUAAUGUGCUUAGGUCAUGUGUUGAUAGGUCUUUGACCUCAUCAUAUCUAUUACUCCGCAUAGGAACUUUUUUGUUUAUUUUUUACUAAACACCAUCGGCUGUAAAUAAACACUAUGGGCUGUAAAUAUGACUUUGGUUUCGAAUAUACGUUACGAAAAUUGUCCUUAAAAGUGGGAAAUGUGUUAAACUUGGGCUGAACCGGGGGCAGUUUUAGUUUUUUAUGUUGUUGUUUUUUGACCGGAUCCAGGUGUGUGAGAAAAUACCCAGUGGGUCCAAGUGUUACAAAAACAAUUACAAAAAAAAUAAAUAAAUAGGAGUUAACUUGUCAUUUUCUGUAAUACAUGCCAGCCUUUAAAGAAUAGGCCAACAGACUGCCCUACACCCUAGCUGUCAAGCUUUAAACAAUACUCUUCGGAUAGUGUGUGUGGGUAGGUGGGUGGGUAGGUGUAUGUUUGUGAUGACAAGCUAACAGGGCUAACAUUCAAGAGAAAUGGUCAAUUGACUAUUUCAAAGUUAAGGCCGAUUCAAUUGGGAUGGUCAACAGGGAUGUUUUGGUCCCAAUAAGUUCAGUUGGCUAAAAAGAAAAGUAGUUAAGACGUUUAGAGCUGACCGAUGGUCAAGGUGACACUGCAACAACAACAAAUAAAGAUUUGGGUAGGGGGGGGGGGUGAAUUCAUUUCCUUGGGUAAAUUGUAUGAGAGACACUUAGGACAAAUAAAAGUUGCCACCAAAUUUGUUCAGUCCUUUUUCGCGGUGCACAGAACUUGUUGGAAAAUGAGUUUUGCAAUAUUCAAAUAGUUUGGUUUCGGUCGAAAUCAGAAAAUCACUUUCUGUCAGUCUCUAAAGAAGCAUGACCCUAGUCCCUAGACGUUAUAUGACUUAAACUUAAACAUCGAAAUAUCCCACGCUUAUGACCUCCUAUUGAAUUAUGUGGAUCUGGGCUUAGACUUUACUGUAUUAAGUAUACUGCGUCGGUACAAGUAGUUUGUGCUUAGGUUAUUGAUCUUUUCAUCCAAAGAAAGCAGUCCUUCCAGUUCAAAUAACUAAUGUGUUCUAGUGCCCUGUUCAAGUUUAAAAAGAAGUGGGUGGGGGAGGGAGGGAGGAGGGGGGGUUUCUGUCUACACAAGCAAGGGUUCUUAGAUAUUCUCAGUGAUUCUUGUAUAUACAAUGGCAAAUUUUACGUUAUUUUUACCACUACUAUCUUGGACGAAAGAGCCAACGUCUAUAUAUUAUAUAUUGAAGUUUUAAAAAUUUCAUCUGUGAAUUUACUUCAAAAUAGAUCACAUUUUUUAAACGUUUAAAUUGACAACAGUACCUAUGUGUAACACAAUAUCUUACUUUGUCAUUUCCUACUGGGGUCGCCGCUGUUUAAGUACGCUCCGCUGUGUGUAAUGUGGACCCAGAAGGCAUACUGUGCAUGAUGCUCCCUGCCUACUUGUCAAACAAGACAUUUCUUACCUGCCGCUAAUGGCCACGCAAAUGUGAAGGGCGCCAACAUCAGAGGGGGCAGAAAUAAUAAUUAAACAAAAGCUGAUGCGAACACGGUCAAUGUAUGAGGUGGGGAGGGGGGGCAUGUGUCCAAGUUGUAUCCAACGUACUCACUGAUGCUAAGCUACAGCUUGUGAAGAUGACCAAGGCUGUAGUCGACGGUGAGUAGAGCAUGUGAAGAUGACCAAGGCUAUAGUCGACGGUGAGUAAGCAGGUGGCUUGGAAGGCUUAUGACACACGUUGUUUUUGCUGUCUGAUUGAGGGCGAUUUUGAUUUUCUUUGAUGUGCGGCUUCUUAGGCAUGAGUGGUGUGUUUACUCUCUGGGGAUUUCGCUCCAACUGUUAUACUCUUCCUGUGCUCCAACAGUGAGUCUUCCUGUGCUCCAACAGUGAGUCUUCCUGUGCUCCAACUGUUAUAGUCUUCCUGUGCUCCAACAGUGAAUCUUCCUGUGCUCCAACAUUGAGUCUUCCUGUGCUCCAACAGUGAGUCUUCCUGUGCUCCAACAGUGAGUCUUCCUGUGCUCCAACAGUGAGUCUUCCUGUACUCCAACAGUGAGUCUUCCUGUGCUCCAACAGUGAGUCUUCCUGUGCUCCAACAGUGAGUCUUCCUGUGCUUCAACAGUGAGUCUUCCAUCUGUUAUAGUCUUCGUGUGCUCCACGAGUGACUCUUCCUGUGCUCCAACAUUGAGUCUUCCUGUGCUCCAACAGUGAGUCUUCCUGUGCUCCAACAGUGAGUCUUCCUGUGCUCCAACAGUGAGUCUUCCUGUACUCCAAAAGUGAGUCUUCCUGUGCUCCAACAGUGAGUCUUCCUGUGCUCCAACAGUGAGUCUUCCUGUGCUCCAACAGUGAGUCUUCCUCUCCAUCUUGUACGAUCCAUAGCACGUGAUUUCUAUGAAAUAAGAUCAAUGUCCAUGAAUGUGAAGGACACUUCUAGACAAUCUUUAAACCUUGCCGUUUCCCCUUUGAAAGGUCGCAGCAUAUUAGUUGUUUUUUGCAGUCUGCCGUCUGGCAUUCUAGCAAAAUUUCUUGCCCAUUUGGCCUGUCCUUUUUAGAGCGUGUGGGUGCUGAUAAAUCACCUCAACCAUUACCAACUAAAUCACCUCAUUCAUCAAUAAAUACACUACCACAUACAUCACCAGAUGAAUCACUAUCCCCUAACACCGAACAUCCACUGUCCACUGUCCACAGGGAGUGAUCCAAACGCAGCCUUAUAAUCCUCCCGACUACAACGCCAACACCGGCGUCAACAACACCGGUUUCAGCACCGCCAACACCAGCAACACCAGCAACACGAUCGUUGUAGUCCAACAACCGGGACCCAUUGUGAUACCUAAACGUGACUGGUCAACGUCGCUGUUUGGUUGCUUGGAGGACGUCCCGAUAUGUGAGUAGACACACAAGGCAUAUCAGCCCUCAGCGGUGUUAUAGUGUAGUGAAAUUAUACAAGGCUGUAUAGUAUGGUGAAAUCAUACAAGAUUAUAGAGUUGUAAAAUUAUACAAGGUUAUAAUGUAGUGAAAUUAUGCAAGGUUAUAGUGUAGUGGGAUUGUGCAAUGUUAUAGAGUAGUGUAAUUAUGCAAGAAGGUUCUGUUUAACAAUUGUAGAUAGAAUUAAAAUAAAGAAUUAUGCAAUGUACAACUCUAGCGUGGGAAAAAAGGGGUUGUGCUCUACACCCUAGCGACACUUAAUUUGGUGCACCAGUUCUAAAUUUACUUCAGAUUUUUAUAUAUAUAUAUAAUCUAUGCCUAGUGUAUUUUGUAUACUGGGAGCGGUGAAAUCAAGUACCGCCCCAUGAGUCAUAAACCCUAGCCAUAGUAUUGCGUUCUAUAUUUUUUUCUUCUUUUGCUUCAUUUGAAGUUUUAUGACUUCAAGACCUCGCCUUAUGAGUUAAUAUGUCCGCUUUAAAAUAAGAUUGCUUGUAGACACAAUAUAUCUGAUGCCAGUAAUAAGAUUGCUUGUAGACACAAUAUUUCUGUGUGUUGUGAGCUGUUGUGUGUCAUGUUGUUGUGUGUCGUGAAGGGUUGUUGUGUGGCAUGACGUAUUGUUGUGUUUCGUGUUGUGUCGUGACAUGUGUUGUGUGUCGGAAGUGUUGUGUGUCCUGACGUGAUGUUGUGUCGCAAAGUGUUGUUUGUCGUGUUGUUGUGGCAUGCAAUGUUGUUUUUUGUCGUGAAGGGUUGUUGUGUGUCAUGGUGUAGUGUCAUGACAUGUUGUGUGUGUCAUGAAGUGUUGUUGUGUGUCGUGAGUGUUGUAUGUCGUGAAGGGUUGUGUUUCUUUUCAAACAACAUAGCCAUUUAUUUUUAAAUACCUCAAAUGGACAUACUUACUUCAGACCAAAGAGACAAUCUUAUUGCAGACCAAAGGGACAAUCGUUCUGCAGUCCAAAGGGACAAGCUUACUGCAGACCAAAGGGACAAUCUUACUGCAGACUACAUGGACAUACUUACUGAAGAUCAAAGGGACAUAAUUACUGCAGACCAAAGUGGCAAUCUUACUGCAGACCAAAGGGACAUACUUACUGUAGACCAAAGGGACAAGCUUACUGCAGACCAAAGGAACAAUCUUACUGCAGACCAAAGGGACAAUCUUACUGUUGACCAAAAGGACAAUCGUACUGCAGACCAAAAGGACAAUCGUACUACAGACCAAAGGGACAAUCGUACUGCAGUCAAAAGGACAAUCGUACUGCAGUCAAAAGGACAAGCUUACUGCAGACCAAAGGGACAAUCUUACUGCAGACCAAAGGGGCAAGCUUACUGCAGACCAAAGGGACAAGCUUACUGCAGACCAAAGGGACAAGCUUACUGCAGACCAAAGGGACAAGCUUACUGCAGACCAAAGGGACAAGCUUACUGCAGACAAUGGUGAAUCAUAGAAACAAAAUGCAAGUAUGCGUGUCCUCGAACUACCAAUAAUGCCUGGUACUAAAUGACUCUGAUUAUUGUUUGCACUGCCGAAGAAUCAAUCUGGAAAUGCGCAUUUUGUCCUUUGACACCUUUUAAGGUGUUUUCACACCUUUUAAGGUGUUUUCACUGUAAAAUAAAUAAAUAUUCUGUUAAUAAAAAAGAGACAAACAUUAGUUUGCUGAACUGUUCCAGGUCUUGCUGGCAUGUGCUGCUCUCUUUGCUUGUCCAUGAAAGUGGCUCACGACAUGGACGAAUGUCUUUGUCUGCAGUGCUGUGUGCCAUCAUCUGAUCUCAUCCUGAGGGUCAAGUUGAGAGCACAGGAGAAUAUUACGGUAGGUGGUCACGUGCAGGGCUGAACAAAAUGGUUUACGACCGGAAAAGGCUCCUUUAAUGUCUGCCGUCUAAAUACAAUUGAUGUCUGGUUGGUCUAGAACAAGGGUGGCCAACACGCGGCCAUAAAUGAGCAUAAAUGUUACUUUACUGUGCAGAUCACCACAGGGGUGGCCAACACGCGGCCAUAAAUGAGCAUAAAUGUUACUUUAUUGUCCACCACAGGUGUGGCCAACACGUGGCCAUAAAUGAACACAAAUGUUACUUUAUUGUACAGAUCACCACAGGGGUGGCCAAUACGCGGCCAUAAAUGAGCAUAAAUGUUACUUUAUUGUGCAGAUCACACAGGGGUGGCCAACACGCGGCCAUAAAUGAGCAUAAAUGUUACUUUAUUGUCCACCACAGGUGUGGCCAACACGUGGCCAUAAAUGAACACAAAUGUUACUUUAUUGUACAGAUCACCACAGGGGUGGCCAAUACGCGGCCAUAAAUGAGCAUAAAUGUUACUUUAUUGUGCAGAUCACACAGGGGUGGCCAACACGCGGCCAUAAAUGAGCAUAAAUGUUACUUUAUUGUCCACCACAGGUGUGGCCAACACGUGGCCAUAAAUGAACACAAAUGUUACUUUAUUGUACAGAUCACCACAGGGGUGGCCAACACGCGAACAUAAAUGAACACAAAUGUUACUUUAUUGUACAGAUCACCACAGGGGUGGCCAACACGCGACCAUAAAUGAACACAAAUGUUACUUUAUUGUACAUAUCACCAAAAGAACAUUACAUCAUCAGUCGUACGUGUCAAAUAUAUUUAAAUUAUAGCUGAGAGACAUUUGAAAUAUUUUGCAUGCAGUAGCCAUGAUAGUAGCCCAAAAAAUCGAGCCAUAUUCAGAUGUUGAAAUGGUUAAUGAAGGCUUGGAGAGUGUUGUUGAAAUUCUGUGUCAAGAAAAGAAGAACGAUUUCCCAGAAAUGAGUCUGUCUCGUCACACUAUUACUAGAGGUGUGGUCGACAUAGGAAAACAUAUUGAAGAUAAUUUGAAAAGUCGAACAUCCGAGUUUAUAAUUUUAUGCUCUAGCACAGAUAUGGCAGAUACUGCCCAACUCUAGCAUUGGAUGAAAGCACAGAUAUGGCAGAUACUGCCCAACUCUAGCAUUGGAUGAAAGCACAGAUAUGGCAAAUAUUGCCCAACUCUAGCAUUGGAUGAAAGCACAGAUAUGGCAAAUACUGCCCAACUCUAGCAUUGGAUGAAAGCACAGAUAUGGCAAAUACUGCCCAACUCUAGCAUUGGAUGAAAGCACAGAUAUGGCAAUAAAUACUGCCCAAAUGGCAAUUUCUAUCAGGGGUGUUGGUGUCCAUUAUAAAAAGACAGAAGAAUUCGCGGCAUUGUAUCCACUUAACGACACUACUAAGCCAUGAGAUUCGUUAGAGGCAAUUACAUCGACAUUAAAUCGCUUUUCGUUUCAACUUAGCAACCUAUCGGGCUUAAGACCGGAUGGUGCUCCAGCAAUGCUUGGGCAAUACGAAGGUUUGGUCAACUUGAUUGAAAGUGAGGCCUCCAAAGUCGGUCAUACUUCUCAUUGGACUCCUCAUUUCUGGUCGAUAUAACUAGCCACCUAAAUGAUGUUAGUACUCGUCUACAAGGCGAAGGUCAAUUAAUUAAUAAGACGUAUCUGAUUUUCAAAUGAAACUUGGUCUCUGGGAACAACAGUUGAGGACAAAAAACGUUUACUCACUUUCCUACAUUGUCAUUGCAACCAGACGUCACACAGAAGGCGGCAGAUCAAAACGCCUCUAUGAUAUCUGACUUAAACCUCGAAUUUGAAAACCAAUUUCAGUAUUAAAAAAACAAACACAUGUGCUUGUUUGUGCAUUUGGAACACCAUUCGCGGUAGACGUGAAUUUAUUUCCAGGAAGAUAACAAAUGGAACAUAUGAAAUGUUAUGUGAUAUACAGUAAAAGGAGAAAUUCCAUCACGUUGGUUUGAAAGAGUUCCAUAAACGUAUUUGGUCAAGGAUAAAUCUCCUGCUUUUGACAAACAUUGUCUGGCGAUGGCUUCACUAGUUGGAAACACUUAUGCGUGUGAACAGUUUUUUCAAUCGUAUGUAACACAUCUAAUCACAAGUGAGAACACGAAUUACUCAUGUUCAUUUGGAAAACUGUUUGCGUGUAGCGACAAGAUCAAUCGAGAUCAAUGUUGAUGCAUUUAGUUCUGCAAAAAAAAAGUCGGCUGUCUCAUUUUAAAAAAAAAUAAUAAAUUGUCUAAUUAAUAUAUUUCAUUCUCAGUAAUGUUUUAUUUAUUUAAAGAAAGAAAUACAUGUUUACCUAUUUCUAGUUGUUUUUGUUUACAUUGACAUUAUACCAGGCAAGCGUUUGACCACGAUAUCACGGUCACUCACCUCAUCAAAUGAGAAGCGACGAUCUGGUCGAAGCUGUAAAACGCUCCCAUGUUUACUUUAACUUUAAUUAUUUUUUUAAAAAAAUUAUGUGCCUUGUCCGGCAGGAAAUACUAUCUCUGUAAUUUGGCCCGUCUGCUGAAAAGGUUGGCCACCACUGGUCUUAAAGUACAUUGCAGUGAGAUGUGCCAGCUAUUGCGGAGUAGUUAGGUAGUAGCUAGAUUAAUAGACGUGUUAUGUCGCUGUGGUUGAGCUUUACUAGAUCUCAAAUGUGUUUUUUUUACUAGUAAUAGUAGUAAAGGCUGAAUAUUAGCAGCACUUAUCAGAGUGACAUCUAUACAUGCAUUCACACGUACUGUACUCUAGUAAGUGAAACCAAGGCAAAAUAAGCACAGAAGAAAGAUAACCCACCAAUGAAUACAUCUAAAUGGAAGCCAUUGCUCAGAUUAAGUUGCUUUUUUUAAAGAAAGUGUGACGCACUUUGAGUUUGGGGGGGGGGGGGGGGGGGUGUGGGUUUUGUGGCAGGGGGGGGGGGGGUUUAAAAACUUUUGGUUUUUUGUUGUUUUUUUUUUUUCUUUAACGACUGUAUGAUAACCUACUGUUUCCCACAAUGCUCGCUCUGUCAACUGGCCAGGGAAGCAAAGGCGGUGAAAGCCAGGCGUACACACAUUGUCCAAUAGAACGUCACUGUUACGUCACACUUUAAUGUGUCACAUCCUGUCUCGACACGUCUGGGAGACAAAUGUCGGUAACACCCAGGUGUAAAUCAAAUUAAUUAUGACCCUUAUACAUAUUUUAUAAUGAUGCAUUCGUUGAUACGUUUGAAAGGUGUUAUUCAAAAACGGACAUGCAUUUUUUCUUGAUGCACGUUCAUUAUUUUAUAGAAAAUGUGUUUUACAAUGGCUUAUUAGUGUUAUAGUUAUAGCAAUACUAUUAAAGCAACUUACUUCAUCUCUCUUUGGUCAUUGCACAAUUGUCAUUGUUUUACAGAGUGUUCUACUUUACAUCAUGACGUCAAAAUUGUCAGUGUUUACUACACAUCAUGAAGUCGAAUAUCAUUUGCGGGUUUUAAAUAAAAUGGAAAUGACUCAAGCCAAUUACAUCAAUGAAAUCAUUCUAAAAAGGUCCCAAAAACAUUUAAAUAGCUACCAGUAUUGGAAAGCAUGUGUAGAAUGUUUCAAGAAGGGCUCAUACUAGGCCUAUAAGAGAAUGCAGCGGUCAACUAAAAAAGACAAUUUCUCUUUUAAUAUGUUUAUGUACAUCCAUAACAAAAAUGUAUUUAUCUCUUACACCAAGUCUAUUUAUGUAUGCUUAUUAAAUUUUUAUGGAAGAAUUCUGUUUAUAUUAUGGUCAAGCAUUUGAUGUUGUUUCAAUUAUUUGCUGUUUUUUUUGUAAUGUAUUUGUUUACUUAACUUGCUUCUAUUCAGU